ACGAAGAAGAAGCAUGAGAAUGAAGAGGAGGAGGGAGAGAAGGGAGAGAAGGGAGUGUUAUGUUUGGUGUAUCACAUCAAACUGUGGGCUGGUUUGACUUGUCACCGGUCCUGUCGGGCAAACGAUGUAUUUCGGUCACUAGUUACAAAAGAAGGAUAAAGACCGGCAACAGCCGGAAACACCGAGGCGCCACGACACAACAAGUAGUUAUGCAGGAUGGUCGAAUUAACGGACACUGCUUUUAAAACCACUGGAUCAAAGUGGCUGCUGCCUGUCAGCCAAUACGUUAACUUACCUCUUGAGCAGGUGAAUUUUUUGGCAUGCCAAGGGUUUGCCCUAGCUGCUGCCUUCUGGUUUCGUCUCUACCUCGGUCCCAGCCAUGCCAAUCCCCUGGUCAGGCAUGCUGUGGCCACACUCCUUGGCAUUGCCUUUCUCAUGUUCUGCUUCGGAUGGUACUCUGCUCACAUCCUGACAGUAGUGGCUGCAAACUACUUGAUCAUGAUCAAAGCUGACAUCAACCAUGUACACAGGUAUUCCAUGGUGAUAGCUAUGGGCUAUCUGACAGCGUGCCAAGUGAGUCGAGUCUUCAUCUUUAACUAUGGAAUACUGUCCACUGACUUCUCUGGGCCUCUAAUGGUAGUAACUCAGAAGGUCACCAUGCUGGCUUUCCAGCUCCAUGACGGUAUGUGUAAGAAAUCGGAGCACCUGACCUCAGACCAGAAACCUCUGGCUGUAAACGUGAGGCCUUCUCUCAUCGAGUACCUGAGUUACAAUCUGAAUUUCCUGAGUGUCCUGGUGGGACCGUGCAGUGACUAUAAGGACUACAUCGACUUCAUAGAGGGCAGACACAUCAGUCAGAGGCUCAGGCAGCACUCUGGGACAUGUAACGGGCAGAACGGCUAUGAUAUGACCCUGAACCCAUCACCUAUGAGUGCUGUGUGUCGAAAGCUGCUGGUCUGCUGCGGUUGUAUGCUUUUCCACCUAAUUGUGACUCGGUCCUUGCCGAUUACUUACAACAUAGACCCCCAGUUUGUCGCCCAUGCCCCCUUCCUCACCAGGCUCACCUACGCUGUAUUCUCCGCACAAGCAGUGAGGAUCAAAUACUACUUUGCAUGGACACUAGCUGAUGUAGUCAACAAUGCUGCAGGUUAUGGUUUCAAGGGGAUGGAUGAAAAUGGAAAGCCAUCUUGGGACUUCCUCUGCAGCGUCAACAUCUUGGGGGUUGAGGCUGCAACCAGCUUCAAGACAUUUAUAGACAACUGGAAUAUUCGAACAGGAAUCUGGCUCAAAACGGUGUGUUAUGACAGAGUCCCCAGGUACAAGGUGCCUUUGACCUUUAUCCUGUCUGCCUUGUGGCAUGGAGUUUAUCCAGGGUACUAUAUUAGCGCCAUCACUACGAUCCCUAUCACCAUAGCAGCACGAGCAAUACGGAGGUCUGUUCGCCACUACUUCCUGGGUUCCAGAGGCUUGAAGCUGGGUUAUGACAUCCUGACCUGGGCAGCCACUCAGCUGGUCAUCUGCUACAUUAUUAUGCCUUUUCUACUUCUUGCAGUAGAGCCCACUUUGUCUAUGUACUACUACGUGCACAUCACCAGCAUUCUAACUGCGAUCGCCCUGCAUCGGAAACACAAACCCAGGGAACCCUCGGCCACCACUAAAACCUUUUCCUCCUCUUCAUCCUCAGCCCAGUGCCAGUCUGCUCACUCCAACAACAACGACAAGAUACAAUGA